GUUUGUUUUGAGACAUGGUUUCUUCUUGAAGACUUGGCUGUCCUGGAACUCUGAUGUCUGCCUGCCUCUGUGCCGAGUGAGUGCUGGGAUUGAAGGCAUUCACCACCACUGAGUAGCCUGUUACAUUUUCUUAACACUCAAAGAAAAGAAUCAUGAUUGGAAUGAAGCAAUAUUAGCCUUGGCUGUCCUGGAACUAGCUUUGUAAUCCAGGUUGGCCUCAAACUCACAAGAUAUUUGUCUGCCUCUGCCUUCCGAGUGCUGGGAUUAAAUGGGCCAGCAUAGCCAGACAUUUCUGUGCUGUUAUUGCAGGGACUGAGUUUCAGAACCACCAGGGGAAGGGUUUGUAAAAUUCCUAGUAUCUCAGCUCCACUCCAGACCAAUUAAUGGAGUCUCUGAACGUGAAUUGGUAGGGCAUCUGUUGCAAAGAUCUCUAGAUGAUGCUAAUAUGCAGGUGUGAUUAAGAGAAUUCCCACCUUAGUGAGUGGUGAACAGUCAUCUGGGUGGAGGUAAUUUCUCUUAUAUUUUUGGUUGUGAGCCUAGCCUUUAACGGCUGAGCCAUCUCUCCAGCCCUGGAGGUAAUUUCUCAAUCUUUAAACCCAGGGGCCUAAACUACUGAAUAACUGCUCUCCCCGUCUUUAAGGUACAGAGGCCUAAUUUGGCAACUAUUCCGAUUAACAAUUUAAAAAUAACAGCCUAAAAACUGUUUAAACUGUUAAAAAUUAAUAGUCUAGAAGCAACAGUCAUCAGCGCCUCCCCGCUCCGGGGGUAUAUGCAAAGGAAACCAAGGCAGCAUCUCAAAGACUUAUUGGUACUCUCAUUUCCAUGGUAGCUGUUUUCCUUCUUUGCUCCUCAUUGUAACAGACUAUCUAGUAAACGUGCGCCACCACCAAUCCCCCAGCCUUGAACUUUUUUUUAAAGAUUUAUUUGUUAUGUAUACAACAUUCUGCCUCCAUGUAUGCCCACAUGCCAGAAGGCACCAGAUCUCAUUGCAGAUGGUUGUCAACCACCAUGUGGUUGCUGGGAAUUGAACUCAGGACCUCUGGAAGAGCAGCCAAAGCUCUUAACCGCUGAGCCAUCUCUUCAGCCCAAACCUUGAACUUUUGAAUCCUUUCUUUUGUUCAAAAGCUGUGAUCACAGGCAUGGUCCAAUAUGUUCAAUUUUAGUACUGCAUUUUAUGUAAGGGUUUGAGGAUCUACAGAAUUCAUUAUCGGGAGAGGGUAGAGACUCCCUUCCAUUCCUACCCACCUCCAUUACCUCCAGCAGGAAUAUGUCUGUUUUUAUUUAGUUUUUUCCGACAAUAGGUGGUGAACUCUAAUAGAGCAGGCCGUUAUUUUAAAAUACUCAUUUUAUUUUAUUUUUCAUGCCAUCGAUCCUGAAAUCCCCGCGAGAACUCGAUAAACGCAAGAACAGCUUCAUAAAUGACCACGUGGACAUCCCCACGGAGCCAAAACGCCCGCCACUUUUUUCUUUUCUUUUUUCCUCUCCGGGAUUGAGCGGCGUCUCCAUCACGUGACCCGCGGCAGCUAGCAGCCUUGGCGUCUCGGGAACCCACGUGGUCCCUCCGAACGCACGAAGGCGGCAACUGCGCAGACGCGGCUUUCUGCGCGGGCGCAGACGCUGCCCCGGCGCACGGCUCUCCUGGCAGUUGGCAAGAGCGGGAGCGGGUGAGCUAAGAGCCGGCGCCAUGGUGGAGAAGGAAGAGGCCAGCGGCGGCGGCAUCAGCGAGGAGGAGGCGGCGCAGUAUGACCGACAGAUCCGCCUGUGGGGGCUGGAGGCCCAGAAGCGGCUUCGAGCUUCCCGGGUGUUGAUUGUCGGCAUGAAAGGACUUGGGGCUGAAAUUGCCAAGAAUCUUAUCCUGGCGGGAGUGAAAGGACUGACCAUGCUGGAUCACGAACAGGUAUCUCCAGAAGAUCAUGGAGCUCAGUUCUUGAUUCGAACUGGGUCAGUGGGCCAAAAUAGGGCUGAGGCAUCUUUGGAACGAGCCCAGAAUCUCAACCCCAUGGUGGAUGUAAAGGUGGAUACUGAGGAUAUAGAGAAGAAGCCAGAGGCAUUCUUCAAUCAGUUUGAUGCGGUGUGUCUGACUUGCUGCUCCAGGGAUGUCAUCGUUAAAGUUGACCAGAUCUGUCACAGAAACAGCAUCAAGUUCUUCACAGGAGAUGUCUUUGGGUACCAUGGGUACACCUUUGCAAAUCUUGGAGAGCAUGAGUUUGUAGAAGAGAAAACCAAAAUUGCCAAAGUUGGUCAAGGAGUAGAAGAUGGGCCUGAUACCAAGCGAGCAAAACUUGAUUCACCUGAGACAACCAUGAUCAAAAAGAAAGUGCUUUUCUGCCCUGUAAAAGAGGCGCUGGAAGUGGAUUGGAGUGGAGAGAAGGCCAAGGCCGCUCUGAAGCGCACAGCCCCAGACUACUUUCUGCUGCAAGUGCUGCUGAAAUUCCGUACAGAUAAAGGGAGAGAUCCCAGUUCUGAUAGCUACAGCGAGGAUGCAGAGCUGCUGUUGCAGAUACGAGAUGAUGUGCUGGACUCACUGGGUGUCAGUCCUGACUUGCUUCCCGAUGACUUUGUCAGGCGCUGCUUCUCUGAGAUGGCUCCAGUAUGUGCUGUGGUUGGAGGAAUCUUGGCACAGGAGAUUGUGAAGGCCCUGUCUCAACGGGACCCUCCUCACAACAACUUCUUCUUUUUUGAUGGCAUGAAGGGGAGUGGAGUUGUGGAGUGUCUGGGUCCCAAGUGAGCCAGCGGUGUGUGUGCUCCAAGCCCACCUGCCACCUGCUGUCUUCCCAAGAAGGCAUUUUUGGAUGACAAAGAUUUUCCUAGAACAAGUAGACCAGAUUGUGUCCUGCUUCUGUCCUAGCAGCUGUCAGGGACCUGCCAGCUCCGUAGCAUCACCAUCAAAGAGCAGCAUGCUUCGUGUUGUCAGAGCUUCUUAGAACCUUCUGGACUUAGUCCCUUCCAUAGGUCAUCAGAAAGGAGAAGGCCUUCAGCAGGGGUAUGAGGCCCAGAGCUUUUGAAACUCAGUGCAGGUGCUCUUCUGCCAAAGCCUGAAGGAGUGAGAACAGCCUUCGGUUAUUGAGCCUUCGUCAGAGGGUAGCCUGGGCUUUGGAAAGGGAGCCUUUCUUGUCUCCCAGCUUUCUUACAAGAUAAGCCUUAGUGUAAUUGUUCAUUUCUUAUCUUUUGGUUGUGAGCCUGUGAACCUAACCUAAUAGCUGAGCCAUCUCUUAGCCCAAAUUUUUAUUUCUAAAAAGGCAGAUUUGGUGCCAGCAGCAUGAUGUAAGCCUGUAAUCCUAUAAAAUGGGUUGCAGGGCCAGGAGGAUUGCUGUAAGUUUCAAGCCAAGCUGGUUUACAACGUGUACUAAGAACCUGUCUCAAAAUAUAAUACAAGUUGUGUUCCAGAGUUAGAGGUGACUGUCCCUCAUCUUGGGCACCCAGGUCCUCCAGUGGAGGGUUGAGUUGGUUUGGUCUUCUUGGGUGGGACAGCUUGUUGUCUCUAGUUUGUAGAUUCCCUUGGUGUUUGUGGGGAAUGAUAAUAAAGUCAUAACUCUUGUCAA